CGAGGAGCCGGUAUUAUCAACAGCAAAAUGGGGCAUAUGUGGUCGGCGUACGUGACACAACCAAGCAUAAGUCCAGAUUUAAACAACAUACCAACAUUUGAUCCCAUGUAUGGUUUCCCUAAUGGUAGAAAAGAGAGAGUAAUGGUUGCCACGCAGGAAGAGAUGGAUAAAGCCAAGUUAUCACUCCAUCAACGUGAUUACUGUGCUCAUCUGUUAAUGGAUUUGAUGAAAUGUGACAGAGACAACUUUCCAUGGCGUAAUGAAUGUAAACAUCAACGACAUGAAUAUGAACAUUGUGAAUAUGAAGAGUAA